AUGACUGUGAGACUGCUUAUAAUUGUUAUAAAUUUGCUCGUUGCACAUACUCUAGCAAUCCCGAUGGAUCGAACAACGGGAAAUCCAUCAACGAGCGGAAGAUAUGAUAAGAAAGGGGAUGGUAGAGCGAUAAAUAGACAAGCUUUUCAUUACAUAGACCAUGCAUACAAACAAGUACAAGAGCUUAACGGUCAUAACCUUCAAUUAUGUUCUACAGAAUUAGCCGAAGCUUCACAAUUGUGUUCCAAUUACUCAGGUCAACAUUCUCCUAAAGGUUUUCAUCGCAAGAGCUAUGCACAAGCUUCUAAUACUUUACUCCAUUUCGCAAGAGAGAAAGAAUCUUCUGAAAAGACAGAUCACUCACAUGUUUGUGAAAAUUGCAAAAAGACAAUGGCAAGAAAUGUUCAACGUAGACAAGAUUCUAAGCAUGCCGUCACUGCCAGCUCACACAAUAAUCAUCCUGGGACGGGAGCGGGAUCUACUUCCCAUAAUAAGCCUUAG